GGAUUAGCUCAGUCGGUAGAGCGCUUGAUUACCGAGCGGGAGGUCGAGGGUUCGAUUCCAGCACCGGACCAACACCCAGGGUCUUAAAUUAACUGAGAAAUGAGGGUAAUCCCUUUGCACUGCAAGCGGCUAGAGCCUCGCGUGGCUCGGAUGACCACGUAAAAUGGCGGUCCUGUUGGAGACAUCAACAUAGUGUCCUCUAUUAGUACUUUCGUGCUAUAUACAUUGACACUGAAAUAAAGUACACUUUUUUUCCUAGGUGGGAACGACGAUUAUGAGGACUGGGUGGCCCAUGAAGGCGGUAAAAAUAACGGCUGCCUCCUGGGGAAAAAAGUCACGUUCAAGAGACUCAAGAAGCAAUCACUGUGAGUAAAAGAGAGAAAAAAGUUUCUGAUAAGUAUUGUAAUGUACCAUGAUACCCUCCUGACUGGCCAUUUUGGCGGAUCCAAACCUUGACUUUAGAUGGGUGGCCUGCUUUCCAGAUCUUGCGAUGAAAAGGGGUGCUCUCGAAAAACAUCUUUCAGCUGCCCUCAGUUUGAUCCAAAGAUAUGGGUGGAGCCCGCCCCCUACCCCCUUCCCCCCUUUUUGCCCCUCCCCUAAAUCUGCUACUGUGAAGGACCUGACUUAACUGUGACACGCUGUUAAGGAAACAAAAAAAGCCUUGUUGAAUGGCAGGUCGAAAGCAAGGGUUUCUUGGUGUUGCAGAAUCCACUGUUAGUUCUCUAUUGUGUUGUUGUGUUGUUCCGUCGCUUUUCAAUCUCUUGUUUUACGUCAUUUCAUGAAUGUGCUAUACACAACAUCAAGAGGGGAGUCCGACAAAUUUACGUUUUUCUUGUGGUCCAGGGACUAAUUUACUUAGAGGAGCUUCUAGGAGCUGAACAGUUUUCUCCGUGCAAACUAUGUAACAAUUGUGCUCUUAAAUAACACUUGCCAAUCAACCAUCCUUGGGUUUCCGAGGAUGCCCUUUGCGGAGAAAUUGCCCUUACAUGUACAUAUCACAAGUCAUCUGUAAACGUUCCAUCGGACCCUGUGUCUUUUUUGCACUCAUAUCCGUCGCUGUUAAUACCGCUGUAAAUUGUUCACUGUUUUGUUUUGUUUUGUUUACGCCUUACAGCUGUUUUAAUGGACUGAAUUACGAACCAAACCAGCAAGAAGAGUGUUGCAAAUGUACUCAAGACGAUAUGGAAUGGUAAGGAAAACUUUGUUUCAACAGCUGUGUAAUAAUUUUCUGUUUCCAUUCAACAUACCCCCCUUAAAUUUCACAGGAGUAUCUCCUACCCCUGUUGCUGACCGUAAAGGUGAUGGUACACGGGACGAUUCGCAACGACGAUUUUCACGGCAACACAGCGUUGCAUUGUUGGAACAAUGUGGUCACUGUUCGAAACAAUGUCGCAACAAUAUUGCAACGCUGUGUUGCGCUAAAAAUCGUCUUUGCGAAUCGUCUCGUGUAACAUCGCCUUAAGGCAGAUGGGCCAGUUGUGGUGAACAAAACCUUACAAUGGUUUAGACCUAAACGGCUGAAGUCUUUACCCAAUGUUAGACCAAAAGGGAUCAGAAGCAGCUGCACAGCUUAUAAAACAGCGUACUCUACUCCCCCGAUCGGGCAGUGAGAUAGAGUGAGAGUUAAGGGAACGGACCUGGUUUAAAAUUACAAAACCAUUCUCUCAUUCAGUAUGAUACUAACACUCAAAAAUAAAUGAAUUCUUGUGUAAACGUGGACUCUAAGCCCCCCAAUUGAGGAGUAACAAGUGCAAAGGAAAACCUCACUCUGCCUAGGCUCAGUGGCACGCAACGUAAAGAAAGGCUUACAGAGGGAUCUUGCUUGUGCCCUGUGCAGAUGUAGCCUGAGAAAACAGCCGGCAUUUGGCAACGCUACCACUGGUUUCCCUGCCAAAGGAAGUCUGAGAAACAAGCGCAGAAACAAAUUCCAUACGGAUGACGCGUCACCACCCAGAUCUGGGUAGUGCCUCUGAUUGGUUGAAUCAAAUUUCCCACGCGGCACGACCAAUCAGAAGCACUACCCAGAUCUGGGUAGUGACGCGUCAUCAGUAUGGAAUUCCUGCGCUCGUUUCUCAGACGUCAUUUGGCGGGGAAACCAGUGGUACCGUCGUUAAAUGUCGGCUGUUUUCUCAGGCUAGUGCAGAUGGUGUUGUUGUUGUUUUUGUUGUUGUUGAUGAUGAUGAUGAUGAUGAUGAUGAUGAUCACUUUAGUUUUUGUCGUUCUAAGUGACUAUGGUUAUCGCCGAUUGCAAGGGUCGACGGAAUGUAAGAAGAUAAAAGAAAACGAACCAGAGCUCUGCCUGAAUGGAGAUGUGGAGAACCUCAAGGACAGUUUAGGGUAUGAACAACGUACCUUCGUUGUUUCUCAUAUAUUAUACAGUCAACUUCUUCUAAGUAGGACACCUUUUGGACCGGCACUAUGUGUUCCCCCUUAGAGAGAUGUUCGUUUUACUAAUUGAGAGUCCACUAAAGGGAAUAAAGAAAGGCAGGGACCAACACUAGGUGCCCGUUUUACAGAGGUGUCCAUCUUAUAGAGGUAUUCGUUAACAGAGAGUGGACUGUACAGUCAACUUCCUCUAAGACGGACACCUUUUGGACUGGCACUACGUGUCUAUCUUAGAGAGAUGUCCGUUUUAUAGAGAGUCAAACAAAAGCAAAGAAAGGAAGGGGCCAACUCUGGGUGUCCAUCUUAUAGAGGUGUCCGUUCAAAUAGAGUAGACUGUACAGUCAACUUCCUCUAAGUCGGACACCUUUUGGACCGGCACUGUGUCCCCUUUAAGAGGGAUGUUCAUUUUAUAGAGUCCACUAAAAGGAGUAAAGAAAGGCAGGGACCAACUCUAGGUGUCCGUCUUAUGGAGGUGUCCGUUAAGAGAGAGAUAGAGAGAUUUGACUGUAUCCACUAUUAUUCAGGUACCGUCUCAUCCCUGGCGAUUCUUGCUGUGGAGGCGAUAAACAUGUAAGGCGAUAUUUAGACACUCAUCAGCUUUGUAAGAAUGAUUCGUGGUACGACUAUGGAAUGGAUUAUAACUAUGAAGCCAAGAAUGGGAAGGUAAGCAUUGAUUGGAUAAAUAAUAUUUAAACAUAGAUUACUUCUAAUUUGUUUUUCUUUGAAGGCCAUUUUGAAUUUUGCAGUCAGCUGGUGCGACGCCUGGAACUGAGAAUAUUGGGGUUCUGGGACAGUCGGAAAACUAUCGAAGAUCCGAUCGCUUGCCGAGUAAUAACGUACGGCCCGGGAGAUUUCUUGAUUCCAGGCCUCGCUCCAGCCGUCGGUAAAAUCAAAAUGGCUACCAAAGAAAACACAUUCCAUGCAUUGAUAAAGUAGAUAAUUAUUGCCCAAUCUAAUGUUAGAGCCCAUUUAAUAUUUUACUUGUAAUCCCAUAAUUUGGAAAACAAGCCUGAUUUUUUUGCCCUUUUUAUGAAAGAAGCACCGCUAGCAUAAUCAUAUUUUGAGAUUUUCUGGAUGGAAACAAUACCAGUGUCAUGACUUGGUUUGUAAGAUUGAUUAUUUUUAAGUUCUGUCUGUUCAUGGUUUAGUUUAUGUUUUGGUCUGGGAGGGGAGGGAGGGGAGAACGUUACCACAGUACUGUGUUGUUCAUCCCCCAGAGGACUGGGCCGCCGACAGUGACAAUUGUGAAUUGUGUCCUUCCCAGUUCCCCACCUACUGUGUCCAUCAUCGCGUAGAGGACUGGGCACGUAUUCGCUAUGGCGUUGAGCCUUUUGGGGUUACAACGUGGAGAACAUCUACCGGAUAUUCCAGAAUGCAUACCCGCUCAAAUUGACAGAAAAUGGAGUUGGGCACUGCCAACAGCAUGAUAUUCUAGUUUUACUUAAAGGAGCCAUGUCACGAAAUUCAGUCAAAGUAGGAAAUCACAAAAUGCCCGUUAAAUUUAGAGAAACAUAAAAAUAACCGCUUAAAACUUUAAAGAAAGGUUAAAAUGACAAAACAGAAACAACAGAUGCCGCCGAUGGGCAAAACUGAAGAAGAUUGAAACGGACUGAAAUUAGGAUUUUUGAAAACUGUUCAGCCUAACAGUUUUUCAAAGUUGACCCCUGCUGCUUGCAACUUCAAAAAUAAUGCUCAGGAGACAUAUAUUUGUUUGUCUCGGAUCUGUGAUUUUGUCAUUUACCUGUAAUUUCUUUGCUUACUUUACAUGUAAGUUCCAUAGCGAUUGAGGGCGAGUAAUUGGCAAAAUUAAACAAUGAACUGGGCUGCCGUAACACAGCCCCUUAAAGGGCCGUUUUGUACACUGAAUACUGAUUCUCAUUUCCUUGUCUAAUUCAUUUGCAUGAGAAGCACAGCAAGACAGUGUUGUUUGUGGUCAUUCCCAUGUUGUUCAUUAUUAUCAUCGCAGCAAUUUACUUUGGAAGAAAGUACUGGAAACUGCGCAAGAUGUAAGUGUUGCGUCUUUGUGUAAUUUGUCAUCCCAAUGAAGAAGGGCACGAUCAACAUGGGCAGUCGAAAAUAAAAUUCUUUAUGGUCAAGUCCUUAAACUGUCAUACAUAUUUUCUGUGUCGCAGGAAACCUGAUUACCGCUACUCAACUUUGUCCCAAGAAGAUGAAGAUGAAUCAGAAGGGGCAGAUGGUUUGAAAUACAACCCCAGACCCAGAGGAUUGCGGGCCUAUAAAGAUGUCGACACGGAUGAUGACGUGAGUAAAAUUUGUGGUCGUAAUAAAUCUGAGUACUCAUUUUCGAACGUUUUCUGACUAGCCUUUUUGAUAAACGGGUGACGGGUUACGGAUUGUUGUAAAGCUCCGGGUGUGAGAGAAGGGUAUCCCCUUUUUUUUCUUCCCCACCCCCUCGCCCCUCUCCCGCCCUCAGAGCCUCCCAGGCAGCUUUUUCGCUAGUUAGACUGCGGUUGGAACUUUUCUCACUAGCGGCAACCACAUCUUGGCAUAAUUCUGACGUCACUUACGAGAUCCCUUGUUUCGACUGUAAUUUUAAUUACAAAACGACCAUGUAUUCUGCUGACUACAACUUUCGCGUCAAUUGAGGUUUCCUCUGCUAAGUCAAUAUUAGGGCAAAACUGUGACUUAGGGGAGGGGUGGGUGGUCAGUUACUUCAUAUAUAGUAACGGUUUUUGUUUUCGCUUUGCAGGAUGCCACUAUGAUAGACCUGUAAAAAUGCGUUUGUAUCACACACAACGUGGAUGUAAAUAUUCACUAAAAACAGCGAAAAGCGCUAUAAACAGCUGUUAGCUCUCAUUUCGUAUUUACAAUGCACCUUUCAAAUCUUUGGAAAUAAUUUAGCGAAAGGUUCCUUGAUAUUUAACUCACAAGAACUGCCACGCGUAUCGUAGGUUACUUAUGCUUGUGAAGUGUAGUGUAAUCCAUCUAAUAUUUCAACUAACCCACGUGACAGUCACGUUGGGUUUAACGAGAUUGUCGUGACCAGUUUCAAUAG